UCACAACAGGAUAGGCCGCCUAGGUGGUAAGUGACAGACCGUCUUGUCUUCUCAUCAGAUCAGAUCAGUGAGGGAGAGCGUCCGCGUUCACAGGUUUCAUUUUUCCGGCUCGACAUGCCACCUAACAUGGAUUACUUCUACAACGAGUCCCGAGUGCCCUCCGCUUGCGGGCUGACCCGGGAGGAUGAGCUGGAGCCCGGUGUCAUCAGCUGCAUGCUGGUCGGAGACGGAGCCGUCGGGAAGACCAGCAUGAUUGUCAGCUACACGUCCAACGGAUACCCGACAGAGUACCAGCAGACCGGCUUUGACGUCUUCUCCGGUCAGGUCCAAGUCGAAGGAUCUCCGGUCAAAGUUCAGCUUCUGGACACUGCUGGACAGGAGGAGUUUGAUGAUUUCAGAGCUCUGUCCUAUGCUCACACGGACGUCUUCCUCCUGUGCUUCAGCAUGGUCAACCCCACCUCGUUUCACAAUAUCACCAAGAAGUGGGUCCCAGCGAUCCGGGCUUCUAACCCGUCCUCGCCCAUCGUCCUCGUUGGGACUCAGUCGGACCUCUUGUUGGACGUGAACGUCCUCAUCAACCUGGACCGAUCUAAAGUCAAGCCCAUCCUGAGCUCCCGGGCCCGGAGCAUGGCUGAGAAGAUCAGGGCUGCAGACUACGUGGAGUGUUCGUCGCUCACGCAAAAGAACCUGAAGGAGGCGUUUGAUGCAGCCAUCUUUGCCGCCAUUAAGAACAAAACCCGCAAGUCCAAGAAGAGGAGGUUUUCAGACAGACGCACCAAAGCUUUCUCCAGGUGCAGCUGGAAGAAGUUCUUCUGCUUCAUCUGAACUCAUGAACAAGACUGCUAACCCUGUGGGUUGUGGACAACAAAACUUUUAAUUUAUUUAACUAAUUUUACUUUUGCGUGCUGUCACGGCUCUGAUUUGUGGCAGUUUAGCAUCCUUCCCUGUUAAGUGUUUUGACUUAUAUUACUCUGGGAUGCCAAAUGGUGCAAGGGGAAACAAUACAUGAGCACGGGUAGCAUUGGGAAGUAACAUCUGCGGGGACAGCAGAGAGGAUUCUGGGUGUGGUUUCACACUCCAGCAGACAGACACAGGACAGCAGUGUUGUUUACAUUAUAUUCAAAUGUAGAUUGUUCCAGGUAAAUGGGGGGGGCAUAUGUUUCAUGUUAAAAUCAAAGUGUGCGUAUGCUUUCAUGUGUACGCAUCACUGGUGGGCAG